UCGGGUAUUUCUAUUCACGAAUAUUCACGAUAUUUGCGAUUUUUCUCCGUGAUUCUUGUUAGAGUGCGUUAAAGUUAGAAGCUAAUGCAAGAUAAAAAUGAUAAAAAUCACCCUUGAAUUAAUACGGAAACGUUCGGAGCACAAUGAGGGCGAAAUAUCGACGUUGGAAGAAAUAGCUUUGCACCAAGAGAAUAUCGAUAAAAUUCAACUGAUAGACAGACACUGCAGAAAUCUCAAGAUCCUCCUAUUGCAGAAUAACCUCAUAUCGAAAAUAGAGAAUUUGAAUAUGUUGAAGAAGCUGGAAUAUUUGAACCUGGCUCUCAAUAACAUCGAGGUUAUUGAGAAUUUAGAGGGUUUAGAGAGUUUAAAGAAGUUAGACCUCACCCUCAAUUUUAUUGGAAAUUUACAAAGUGUAAAAAGUCUCAGGUGUAACGAGAAUUUGGAACAUCUGAUUUUAAUGGGAAAUCCGUGCACGGAUUACGAAUACUAUAGACAAUAUGUCGUGGCGACUUUACCGCAAUUGCAAGAGUUUGAUAUGCAGGAGGUUGAAAGGUCAGAACGUAUCAAAGCAUUGCAGAUCUAUUCGCGAGCGCGAGAUGAUAUUAUUGAGAGCUAUCGGCAUUACGAGAAAACUAGGAUAGCUCAACGCACUCGUUGUAAUACUGAACAUGAAACCAUAGAAACAAUCAAUCAAAUGAAUAUUACAGAGAAGCAAGCGAAACAUACACAAAACGAACAAAGCGAGAAUAUGAAUACAGAACAGGAUAACGAGCCAGAGGAUGAACGUUUCUGGAAGCAGCUUAGUUAUUAUACGCCGGAAGAUAGAGUCGCCAUUGCUGAACGAUUUAUGAAAAAACAAGAAAAGAAGAAUUGUACUUCGAAUAAGAGUUAUCAUUCAAAACGUGUGCUGAAAUUAUUCGCUCCAGACGGAAGAGCAUACAAUAUGAAUCAGGCGAAAGUGCCAUUCAGACUAAACGAUGAAAACGAUCCUGAUUUUGUUCUGCUUGAAGUUUCCGUUUAUAGGCAUUUGGACACCUCCCACAUUGACGUCGACAUAAAUCCAACUUACGUGCGAGUCACUAUAAAAGGAAAAAUUCUGCAGUUGACCCUGCCCUGCGAGGUAUCGGUUGAUAAAAGUAACGUUCAACGGAAUAUGACUACUGGCAAUUUAGUGAUUGCUAUGGCCCGAUUGACUCCGUGCACAACAAUCGUUAAGAAAGACGAAUCAACAAUAAAGAAGAAAUCUAGCGAAUCUAAAACAAAGGUUAUCACAGUUCGGCCAUCGGUGACUUCUCGACGAGCUCUUCUCGAAAUCGGUCCAUCCACAGACGUUUACAAUUUUCUGAAGAUAACCGAAGAUUCCGCGAAACAAACACAGAAGAAAGAAAAAAAGAAUCUCGAAGAUUUCGAGGAUAAUUCAGACGUACCACCUCUCGAAUAAACGAACAUGAAUAAAAAAAUCACAUAAAUAUGACGAUGAU